UUUUUUUCCUCCUCUCUCAGGAAUUGGUUUUCACUUCCUGCACUCUCAGUGCCUUUGUCUCCGCCGGACGCAGCUGAAGGCACACACCUGAGGGGUGAAGGCACCGGGUUGGGGGGGGGAAUAAGGGGGACAGCCUGUUCCCAGCAUCGGUUUCACCAGAGACCACCCAGGAAAGGAUUAAGGUCUCAAAGCGGUGAAGAUUGGGGCGCCAAGAUGGCCAGAGGGAGUCCAGGUCCACGGCUUGCGCUCUGGAUCUGCUUGGUGCUGGCAGCGGACUUCGGUGAAGGACAGGAGGAAAAACCCUUCGGUGAAACGUGCCUGGAAGACUUUACGGCAGGGGUGCCAGAUUUGGUGCUGGAUACAGACGCCUCCGUCCAGAAUGGAGCCACUUUCUUGUCGUCCCCCACGGUCCGUCGGAGCAGGGACUGCGUGACAGCCUGCUGUAAGGACCCCGCUUGCAAUCUGGCUCUCGUGGAGCAGGUCCCGGGCACUGAGGAAGACCACAUCCAGGGCUGCUUUCUCCUCGACUGCCUCUACGAGCAGGCUUUCGUCUGCAGGUUUGCCAGGAAGAUGGGCUUUCUCAACUUCUUGAGGAAGGACGUGUACGAUUCCUACCUGGCAAUGCAGGAUCACGGAUCUAAUGAUGACCAUCCUCCAAUAGCCCGCACUGGCAUGGACAUGAGGGUGCAGCCGGGGGAACCGGUGAUGCUGAGGGGCACAGAGAGCACGGAUGACCGAGGGAUAGUCAGCUAUGAAUGGAAGCAGGUCUUCGGCGACCCCUCCGUGGAGAUGAAGAAGCACGAAGAAGAUCAGGUAGAAAUCUCCAACCUACAGGCGGGAACUUACAUCUUCCAGCUUACUGUCACAGACACCGCACAACAGCAAGGCUUCACCAACAUCACCAUCAUGGUGCUGAAUUCUGAGCAGACUGAAGAGCAUUGUUUGAGUCCUAAGAAGGUUGGUUGGUGUCGGGGGUCUUUUCCACGUUGGUUUUACAACCCGACCCUUCAGCAGUGUGAGGAGUUCAUUUUCGGUGGCUGCAAGCCCAACAAGAAUAACUACUUACGGGAAGAGGAGUGUAAACUCGCCUGCAAGAAUGUUAGAGGUUCUGUUGGUGGGCGACAACAGCCAGUGUGCAACGGGAACUGUCAGUCCCCCUUCUUCAGAUGCAAGGAUGGCUGCUGCAUUGAUGCCUAUCUGGAGUGUGAUGAAACUCUUGACUGUGCUGAUGGAUCGGAUGAGAUGUGUUGUGAACAAUAUGCUCGUGAGUUCAAUAGACUGCAGAAAAUCAACGUCACACGUAAGCAAGGUCACUGUGUGGACUUGCCUGAUACUGGACAGUGCACCGAGAGCAUCCCCCGCUGGUACUAUAACCCAUUCUCUGAGAAAUGUGACCGCUUCACCUAUGGGGGCUGUGGUGGCAACGACAACAACUUUGAAGAAGAGGAAGACUGCAUGAAAUCAUGUUCAGGCAUCACAAAAGCAGAUGCCAUUGGCCGGAGAUGGGAAUCAUUUGAGUCUCAAACUGCUAUCUUAAGUGCCUUUGAGGUAGUCAUUGCCGUGCUCCUCGGGAUCUGCAUCAUGGUGGUCCUGGCAAUCAUCGGCUACUUCUUCCUGAAGAACAGGAAGAAGAGCCGCCGUCGUCAGCCGACCACUGCUACCAACUCAACCCUCUCCACCACAGAGGACACUGAGCAUCUGUUUUACAGCAGUGCCACCAAACCAGUCUGACCUACGGGCUCUCUCUCUCCAGCCCAGCACUGGGGCACUCCCAGAAACUUCUGGAGUUCUGUUUUUAGACACAGGCCUGUGCCUGAAGCACACUUUCUCUUUGAAGACAUUUGUAGCAUGAGGCCAAGAUCUAGCCGUGACUUGGCAGUACUAGUGUUUGUGAUUGUCUUGGCUAAACGGCUGCUCUGGAAAGUGAAGAUCUGGGAGCAGUUUGCUGCUCUCUGAUGUCUAUCCUUUCCUGACCUCAAACAAUCCAGUGAAAACUCUGAAUGACAUCUUUCUUCCUGCUCAGACCUGGAGCACAGCUCCACUCAACUUACUGAAGGACCCUGGGACUGGAUCUGUGUAGCAUUCACGUGGUGAAUGGUGCUAGUUCACCAGAGCCAGAAGUUUUUUGUUUGCAGUGCCACUUUCUUCCACCCAACCUCGUAUUUUCCUCCCUUCCCCCCAGUCCUCUGCAAGGUGGCUCUACAGGCCAGCAGUCCUCCUGGUCGCGGUGAGCCUCUUGAGGGCUGUGUGAUUCACGUAACCGUCUGGCCUGUUCUGAGAGCUCUGGAACACUCCAGUGGUUCCCGUUUCUGAGAUGGAAGGAAACAGAAAUACCUGCUUUAAUCACUAGGGUUUGCUUUUUGACAUAAAAGCACACCUAGAUUUUUUUCUGCCUGGCUGCCAUGUUGCAGUCUCCUGCGUACAGUACGUAUCCGCCAUUUUCUCUCUGUAAGUUGCCCGGGUUGCUUUUCCAGUAUUCAGUCUGCCCCCAAACACCUCGACAAAAUAUCUAUUUAUUCUCAGAUGAAAUGAAAGGAAAUGUCCCUACUCUUCCUGCUGAUGGUGAGGGCAGGGUGGAAGGACCCAGCUCCCUCGCGGCUGGACCUUUGCUGCAGCUUUGAUUUUCCUGCACUCUCCUCCGAGCGCGCAGCCUGACCUGAGCCCCUGGCAUCCCUCAGAGCACAGGAGCGGGCUGGGUACCGCCAGCUGAUGUCCCCAGGCUUCCUCACUCCUGCUGGCCAGAGCCCUCCGGGUGCAAGAUGAGCCCAGCCCCGGGAGGUCCGGAGCUGAUCCCCGGCCCCGUGGCAGCUUGUGAUCUCCCCACCUCGGUGAGAUCCCGUGUGUUCCCCUGUAGGCUGUUUGCAGUGGGGUGCUCCCCAGUUGUGUACUGCUGCAUCUCUGUUGUUCAGGUCUUGUACCUCUGGGAGCUGCGGACUUCUGCUGGGGGCAGAAGCUGCUAUUUCUGAAGUGCCUGGUAUGCCUUGACGGCUGUGGGGUUAGCACCGGUCCCUCAACUCCUGGUGCCUGCUGCUUUUGGAAAACUCCUGCUGUGACGAGAGAGGAAACGGGUGCGUGUUUGUGUGUGUGUGUGCGCGCGCGCGCGUGCGUAAGAAGCGUAAAUCUAUGUACAGAUUUUAGUUCAAAUGCUUGGACCCUUUCAGGGCCGAGGGCAGAGUGGCUCUGGAAGGCUCUGGUGAAGCCAUGCCCGGCUCGGGGCACGGCUCAGGUCUUCUCAAGCGCAGAUCCAGGAGAGCUACCUCGUUGAGCUACCGAUGCCUGGGCUGGAAGGGAAGAAACCACUGCCCGUAGCCUGCUGGCAAUCUGACUGCAUGCUUCUGUCCAUCACAGGCAUCUGCCUCAGUGUCCCUGGGGCUGGUCAGAUUCCUCCAUGGCUUUUCAUGACCUGUCUCAUAUCAUUUCUUCCAUCUCUUUGUUUUUCCCACAGCCUAUCAUGGCCUUUAUGCAAUAAACAUAACAUCUUGA